CCGACAGACUGCAGGGACAAAGUAGCACCCAGGCCUGGAGCGUGAGGUGCCUUGGGGAGGGAGGAGUUGAGGCGAGGUUCCCACCGGCCAGGAUGUCAGGCCUGGUGCUAGGGCCACGGGAUGAGCCUGCUGGGCACCGACUCAGCCAGGAGGAGAUCCUGGGAAGCACCCGACUUGUGACCCAAGGCCUGGAGGCCCUGCGCAGUGAGCACCAGGCUGUGCUGCAAAGCCUGUCCCAGACCAUCGAGUGUUUGCAGCAGGGAGGCCAUGAGGAGGGGCUGGUGCAUGAGAAGGCCCGGCAGCUGCGCCGAUCUAUGGAGAACAUAGAGCUGGGGCUGAGUGAGGCCCAGGUGAUGCUGGCCCUUGCCAGCCAUCUGAGCACCGUGGAGUCGGAGAAGCAAAAGCUGCGGGCUCAGGUGCGGCGGCUAUGCCAGGAGAACCAGUGGCUGCGGGACGAGCUGGCAGGCACCCAGCAGCGACUGCAGCGCAGUGAGCAGGCCGUGGCGCAGCUAGAGGAGGAGAAAAAGCACCUAGAGUUCCUGGGGCAGCUGCGACAGUACGAUGAGGAUGGGCAUGCUGCGGAGGACAAGCAAGGUGACGCCACCAAGGAUUCCCUGGAUGACCUGUUCCCCAAUGAGGAGGAAGAAGACUCCAGCAACGGCUUGUCCCGCAGCCAGGGCGCAGCAGCAGCCCAGCAGGGUGGAUACGAGAUCCCAGCCAGGCUGCGGACACUGCACAACCUGGUGAUCCAGUACGCAGCCCAGGGUCGCUAUGAGGUGGCCGUGCCACUCUGCAAGCAGGCUCUGGAGGACCUGGAGCGCACCUCCGGCCGUGGCCAUCCCGACGUGGCGACCAUGCUCAACAUCCUGGCCUUGGUGUAUCGGGACCAGAAUAAGUAUAAGGAAGCCGCGCACCUGCUGAACGAUGCCCUCAGCAUCCGGGAGAGCACUCUGGGCCCCGAUCACCCUGCUGUGGCUGCCACACUCAACAACCUGGCUGUGCUCUAUGGCAAAAGGGGCAAAUACAAGGAGGCGGAGCCGCUGUGCCAGCGGGCACUGGAGAUCCGAGAAAAGGUCUUGGGCACCGACCAUCCAGAUGUGGCCAAGCAGCUGAACAACCUGGCCCUUCUGUGCCAGAACCAGGGCAAGUAUGAGGCUGUAGAACGCUAUUACCAGCGCGCGCUGGCCAUCUAUGAGGGGCAGCUGGGGCCGGACAACCCUAAUGUAGCCCGCACCAAGAACAACCUGGCUUCCUGUUACCUGAAGCAGGGCAAGUAUGCCGAGGCUGAGACCCUGUACAAAGAGAUCCUGACCCGUGCCCACGUGCAGGAAUUUGGAUCUGUGGAUGACGACCACAAGCCCAUCUGGAUGCAUGCGGAGGAGCGAGAGGAAAUGAGCAGAAGCCGGCACCAGGAAGGUGGCACACCAUAUGCUGAGUAUGGAGGCUGGUACAAAGCCUGCAAAGUGAGCAGCCCCACAGUCAACACGACUCUGCGGAACCUGGGAGCCCUGUACAGGCGCCAAGGGAAGCUGGAGGCUGCUGAGACCUUGGAGGAAUGUGCCCUGCGGUCCCGGAAACAGGGUACUGACCCAAUCAGCCAGACCAAGGUGGCAGAGCUGCUGGGGGACGGCAACAGAAAGACCUCUCAGGAGGGCCCUGGGGACAGUGUGAAAUUCGAGGGAGGUGAAGAUGCUUCGGUGGCUGUGGAGUGGUCAGGGGAUGGCAGCGGCGCCCUGCAGAGGAGCGGCUCUUUGGGCAAGAUCCGGGAUGUACUUCGUAGGAGCAGUGAGCUGCUGGUGAGGAAGCUCCAGGGCACAGAGCCUCGGCCCUCCAGCAGCAACAUGAAGCGGGCGGCCUCCUUGAACUAUCUGAACCAACCCAGUGCAGCACCCCUCCAGGUUUCCCGGGGCCUCAGCGCCAGCACCACCGACCUCUCCUCAAGCAGCUGACAUUGAGCCACCCUCCAAGGCCUGUUGGGUUCCACUGCAGACCCUCACAGCAUUCCCCCCUGCUCCCAUCCUUGCCCUACCCCAAGGUGGGACAGUGAAGGAGGGGCAGCAGGGUAACCAGAUGCUGCCCCCACCCCCAUAGGGUCUCUGGCUUCCUCCUCAGGAAUCCCUGUUAGGCAGGACCCUCAGAAUAUUGUACCCUACCCUACUCUGCACCCCCCACGGGGUGGUCCUCUAGAGUAGCUAGCUCUGGGCCCCCCAAGGUGGGCACAAAUCAGGUAUGCACCUUAGAGAUGAAGCCUGCUUCUGGCUUUUCCACUGGAGGGGCUGGUAGCCACCACCUCGCCCCUCUGCCACCUCACUUCAGGUCCAUGUAUUUCACAUUUCUUAAAUAAAAGAAUCAGGUAAC